AGAUAUAUAUAUAUAUAUAUAUAUCGAGAGCUGAAACGAAACGAAAAUUCAAUUUCACGAUGAUGUUGGUGCGCCUGCACGCGGCUAAUGUACCGAGGAAACGUUGAUGGAGGAGAAGAGGAUCGUUUUAACGGGUCGAAGAUGACUGUCGCGAUGGAGCACAAGCGUAAGAGCUCGUGGGACUCGAAGAUAUCGGUAAGCACGGUAAGCACCAGACGAUUCAGCCGUGCAGGGACACCGAGCUCGAUCCUGUCGUCGGACAGUGACAUUCGAUUUACGAGAAAACUCGGUGGACAAUAUCGCUGCGGAUGCUGCGUGUUAGCCGCUUUUCUGCUUUUCCUUCUCUUCUCUGGAGUCUCCAUAUAUCUCGGAUACACGUUUCUAACGUCGGAUCCUCCAGGUGAUCAAAUUUUCUUGGCGACAUUCCGAGUGAUCGAAGGCGAUUCCUUCGUAUCAGAAUUAACAGAUCCCUCUUCUGAAGCCUUUCGAAUACGAUCGCGAGAGUAUCGUGAUCGAUUGAAUCUAAUAUUUCGUCGUAGCUGGGUGAGAAUUUCAUUUCUCGCCGUGGAAAUAUUAGCACUUGAUGGAUCCGAAGGUGGAAAUUUGGUGGUCCAUUUCGAGAUUCGGUUUGAUCCACGGUAUCAGACUAUUACCACCGCCGAUAUCGUCGAAAUUCUUACACAAGAAAUAAAUCCUACAACCUCAAAAUAUUUAACAAACUUAACGAUCGAGUUACCAAGUCUUGAAGUUCAAGAGAGUUUGAAAGCUCUCAACGCUCAAGUCGGUCUACAGACGACCAUUGCGACACCUCCUCCAACAACUACACCGCCACCUCCUAGAAGAUGUACCAGUUUAAAUUUGUCUUACUGCAAGCAUCUACCAUACAACGUUACAUCUUAUCCAAAUAUAUUGGGUCAUCGUUCGUUGGCUGAUGUGCAAGAGGAUGUGAUCGCUUUCAGAGAAUUAGUCGAUGCGGAAUGUUAUCGUUUGGCAUACGACUUUGUAUGCCAGAUUUUACAACCGACAUGUAUAUCCAGUCAACCGGAAGAUUUACUGCAGUUACCUUGCAGAAGCUUCUGUAGAGAAUUCUGGAACGGAUGUGGCAAUCGACUUCCGGAUAAAUUCAAACCGUUACUGGAUUGUUCGAAUUUCCCGGAGUAUGUGGAUCAAGGUGGUUGUAGAGCAAAACCAGGAUGUGUGCAAGCGCUUCAAGCAAAAGCAUUGUCACCAAGAAUUUGCGAUGGCGUGAUCGAUUGUCCUGAUCUUUCGGAUGAGAAAAAUUGUGCUUAUUGUCGAGACGGUUAUAUGCACUGUGGUGUAGGUAGAACUUGUAUUCCACGUGGCAAAAGAUGCGAUGGAAAAAUGGAUUGUGCCAAUGGUAGUGAUGAAAAAGAUUGUCUUUCCUUAGCACCAAGUAUUCGAUCUCUUAAAUCGCAACUUUCGGACACACCGUUCACGGCAAAAUAUAACAACGAAGGAUUUGUGGUAUUUAACGAGAAAGGUACUAUUGGUAAACUUUGCACCGCGAACCUGAAUGCAACGUUACCAGGAACAGAAAUGGAAAACGUUCUUCAAACUGUCGCCAGCUCUUUAUGCAGUAUAUUGACAUAUACAGGAGUGAAGUCCGUAGAAGUUCGAAUCGACGAUGAAGAGAAUAUUCAAUAUGUACAUAUGCAGGAUCCAUUAGCAACAGAGAUCACAUUCGUUAGAGCGCCCUGUCCGAGCAAAGAAGUUAUGUACAUCCAAUGUUCUGAACUUGACUGUGGUGUACAAUCUCUACAUACAAAAAGUGAUAACCGAGGUCUUAAUAAAAUGGCCGAGCCAGGAGAUUGGCCCUGGCACGUAGCUCUCUUCAAAGAAGAGAUACAUGUAUGUGACGCCACACUCGUGGCGGAGAAUUGGUUGAUUACGACGGCAUCUUGUUUUCAAGGACAGCCAAAAGCAGAAUGGUCAGCGAGAAUGGGAAGUGUACGACUCUCGAGUAUAUCGCCAUGGCAACAAGAGCGUAGAAUCAUAGGUAUGAUUAAAUCGCCGGUAGAAGGAAGCACAACUGUUUUAUUAAAACUUGAUCGACCUGUGACCACAUUUUCGGAUUUUGUAAGACCGGUAUGUUUGCCUUCGAAUCAAGAUCCACCAAUGAACUCAACUCACUGUAAUACUCUCGGAUGGGCUAGAAAUCGAGACUUGCUGCAAAGGGUACAGCUUAGACACAGUGCGAUGGAACGAUGCGAAAAUAUUAGUAUCGCAUCGGUAAAUAGCAUUUGCACAGAACCAGCAUAUUUUACUGACGAUUGCAAUGAAGAAGAAUUUGCUGGAAGUCCUAUGUUAUGUCUUCAACCAGACAAUAAUAAAUGGGCACUAACAGGUGUCGGUAGUUGGCGAAUAGCGUGUUCAAAGACCGGUACUGAAAGGCCGCGAUUGUACGAUAAAAUUUCCUCGAAUAUCGCUUGGAUAAAAUCCACGAUUUUUAUCUAAAAUAGAUUUUUAUCUAAAAUAUUAUUUAAAUAAAUCAAUAUGGACUGACAGGGACUGAAAUUGCAAUACAUAUACAAUAUAGAAUCAUUUUUCGCUUCAUCCAAUUUUUCUAUUAUAUCUAAUAGACUGUAAAAUAUAUUGUAAAUUUAUAAUUGCGUAAAAUCGUGUCAUCUUAUCGUGGCAUACAUUUUUCAUAUCGAUUUGUUUGAAUCGAUUGUAUAGUUUUAUCAAAGAUUCGUUGUUACAUCAUUGUUCGUAUGAUAUCUAUGUAUAUGUUAUUGCGUUGUAAAGAAAAAAAAAAUUGUUUUAUUAAAGUAUAAGUAGUCGAAAAAAA